AUGUGCAGAGGAAGAGAAGAAGAUCAAGGCCACAACAGCCCUUCUUUAUGCAGCAGAAAUAAAGAAGAAGAUGGAUCAAUAGCUUGCGAGCUUUGUAGUUCAAAGGCCUCCCUUUAUUGCCAAGCUGAUGAUGCAUUUCUGUGCCGAAAAUGUGAUAGAUGGGUACAUGGUGCAAAUUUCUUAGCUCAAAGGCACAUUAGAUGCUUGCUUUGCUCCACAUGCCAAAGGCUGACGCAGCGAUAUCUAAUCGGAAAAUCAGUUGAGGUGAUACUUCCCACUGUUGUAAGGUUGAAGGAGAGCAGCCAAUGUGAUACUGAGGACUCUGAAUCAGUGAAACAGCCCUUCUUGUUUCUCUGA